AUGCGUUGUUCCAGCAGUGUCUGGCUCCUUUUGAGCAUUGCUGCAUUCAUGUUGCUUCUUCUUUCAUGCACACCUUCUCUGGUUCAUGCCAAAUAUGUGUUCAAAGAAAGGUUUCAGGGUCUAACCUGUAGCGGAAAACCCAUCAAGCAGGUUUACACCUACUUAUUCAAUUGCAGUCUCCCCGAUUCUUACGAUUGUCGAAACGAAACCAAUUCCUAUUCGAGUGUCAAAUCAUCUUGUCUUGCAACCUUACCACCCAUUCCACUGUCACCAAAAGCUGGUGAAUACAUGAUGAUCGGGUUCACAGAUUGGGAUUGUUCAGAUCCAGUGUUAGUGGUCAAAUCUGCAUUGAACACUUGUAUUCCAAGAAAGGAUGGCUCAUCUUACAUGUAUAAGGGUUGUACAUUUAAGGUGACAUAUUCGGAUCAAAACUGUCAAACUGAAAUAAGGAAUGAAACAGUUACAACAUUCGAUUGUGAUAAUGGAAUGUCUGUUCAAUGUAAUAAUACUGUUCAACCUAUUAACUCUAUUCCUGAACAUUCAUUUCAACCCAGUAAUUCUACUCCAAGAAAUUCAACUCAUCCCAAAAGUUCUUUUUCAACUUACAUCAGUGGUAGUGCCACAGAGUUUAUGUUGAGAAGCAGCCUUGGGAUUGUGGUUUCAAUGAUGGUUGCAGUGUUGAUCAUGACGAUCUUUUACAUGUGA